AUGGAGGGCGGAGAUGGGUGGCAGAUGCUAAGAUGCGCUGGUGGGGAGGUAGAUAAGUCAGUUACUACGACUCGGACCAUGCUCAGAUUUCGGCCGAUCGCACCGAAACCGGUGGAUACCGGAGCCACAGCUCCGACAGGAAACAAGAACUCAGUUUUGACAAGUGGAAGAAAGAAGAGAAAAUACGUUAGGGUUCAGAACAAUAGUGGGUAUACUAGAAGAAAGAAAAAGGAACAAGAAAUUACAAAAGACGACCUUGCAGCUCCUCCUAAUGGCGUGGUGAGGACCCUGCAGCUCUUGCCUGAGAGUACUGUUACCGACCACUCAACGGACGGCGGAUCUUGGUACGAUUUAGAUCAUACGGUCAGUAAUAAUAAUAAGAAUCCUCCCAUAGGGGAAGAUCAGGGCCUCCCCAUGUGGUUGAGCAGUUACAUGGGUGGUGGUUGUUCAGAUCCGACGGUGGGGAUGCAGUUGCAGCAGAUGAUGGUGAAGUCUUGGGUGACAGUGGAGUGCGUGGCAGGCACUUGCAUGAAUGUGCAAGGGACGUCUGGGGUUGGGAGAUGUACGGACGCAGAUAGGAUGAGGAAUCUGGAGGGAGACACGUGUCCGGGGUUUAUAUCGGACGGCGAGAAUAGGGUUCAGUGGCUGAACGGGGCGUUUAAGAGGAUGGUGAGCCAAGGGAAUUACACAUCGGAGAUAGCGGUGUGGUUGGCGAUAAAAGAGAAGUUGCCGUACACGCAUUGGGCGUUCACAUGCCAAGUAAAGCUGCAAUACAUGGUGGGUAAGGAGAAGUACUCUCGAAUGGUGCCUUGUGAUUUGUGGAGAAUGGACGGUGGAGGAUUUGCAUGGAGGCUGGACGUUAAGGCUGCCCUCACUUUGGGCCGUUGA